GUUAGUGUGAUGGCAAAUGUUCGGUUGGGGAUACAGUUUGUUGGAAUUGGACAUUUUAGUACUGGGCAACUUUGUGGGCUUUCAAUUCGUGAUUCUUUACAUUACUAAAAGGUGUUAUUUUAUUUCGAUAACGUCUGUCUCUGAAUCCUAACAGCCUGAACUCAUUUGGAAAGCACGAUGUUAUGAAUAUUAUACUAUGCAUAUUGGUGUUAAUAAAUCAGACUAUUUACCAUCAUUGAUAGUGCAGAAAUCACCUGUUAACUUUUAUAUUGGACUUUGCCUCGCCUUAUUGUCGACCUUAUUCAUUGGAACUAGUUUUAUAUUUAAAAAGCUUGCACUUCGUCGAAGUUCCAGGAAUGGAUUUAGCGCUGGUGAUGGAUCCCUAAGUUAUUUGUGUGAAUGGAUGUGGUGGAUGGGUUUUAUUCUAAUGGGUAUUGGUGAAUUUGCCAAUUUUGUAGCGUAUACAUUCGCUCCAGCUAUACUAGUGACACCGUUAGGUGCAUUAUCUGUACUUGUUAGUGCACUGUUAAGUGUACGCUUUUUAAAUGAACGUUUAAAUUGUAUUGGUGGAUUUGGAUGCGGUAUAUGUAUAUUAGGUUCAACUUUAAUUGUAUUACAUGCACCAAAAGAACAAAAUUUAACAUCACUACAUGAAAUGUGGUUAAGAGCUACCGAUCCAUCUUUCAUUAUCUACAGUUUAUUCGUUAUAUUAAUGUCCAUCGUAUUGAUUUUUAUUUUGGGUCCACGUUAUGGUAAAACAAACCCAAUUAUCUUCACAUUGGUCAGUGGAAGUAUUGGCUCAUUGUCAGUUGUUGCUUGUAAAGGUAUUGGUGUAGGAUUAAAAAAUGCAUUCACUGUUGGCUUUUCAUCAAUGUUCUCAUCAUGGUUAUUUUGGUUCCUGAUGAUCUGGCUUAUUGGUGCAAUCACAAUACAAAUGUAUUAUUUAAAUCGAGCAUUAGAUUUAUUCAGUACUGGCAUAAUUACACCGUUACUAUAUGUGUUCUUCACUGGCUUUGUAAUCAUUGCAUCAACAGUGUUAUUUCAUGAAUUAAAUGCAUUGAAUUAUAUGGAUUAUGUUGGUUUAAUAUUCGGCUUGAUAUUCACAGUGUUAGGUAUUGUUAUGAUUACUGUGCUAAAGGAUUCCAAUUUCUCAUGGAAGAGCUUACGAACAUUUUUUCAGGCAAAGCAUUCAACCUACUCGUCAUCAAACAGUUCAUUUGACACGCACAAUAGACUUUAUCGUCGUAUUACUGCAUUCAAACCAACAUUGUAUGACUGGAAAACUCAACAUGGUAGACGUUUAUCAUUCGAUCAAUUGAGUACCAAAAAGUUAAUCUCUGAUCAUCAUUCUGAUUCUGAACUCACUGAUGUUGUACAGCUAUUGCCACAUAUAACUAGUCGUAAUAUUAAUCAAAAUGGUCAUCUAAUGUCAGUUGUGUAUUUUAUUUCAUUAAAUGCAACAUAAUAAUGAAUCACUAGUCAACCUAUUCGAUCAAAGGGCGAGACUCUAAUUUAUGGAUGAGCCGAUCAGAAGCGUUUGAUGAAUUUCAAGGUCACAGAGUUCAUUUCAACACCUGAUACUCACAUACGACCAGUUUACAGCGGAUUUUAGAGAAGAGGUGAUUAUUGAGCGGCUACAAGAGAUAAGACUACUAAGAAGUUCCUGUACCUGUGACUGCGGUACAGUGUGCAGACUAUCGUGAUGAGAUUGUAUUUCGUUGUUCUUUAUGUUGGAGAAGAAAGUCUGCUCGAACGGGGACUUUCUUCGCUCGAUCGUGACUGAGGCGAAUCAUGAUAAUAGUUGCAAAUUGGAUUAUAAAGGCACCAGUAACACUGGCUGCGGCGUUUGCAGAUGUUACUGAAACUCCAGCCGUCCAGUGGUAUGAGUAUUGUCGUGAUAUAUGUGCACUUAAAAUGACACGUCUACACGAAUCAUUCGGAGGAGUCGGAAGUAUUGUGGAAAUAGAUGAAACAGUAGUGCGAGAGCGAAAAUAGAACAGAGGACGUAGUAUCAAGGAAGAUUGGGUAAGUAGCACUUCCGUAAAUAUACUUGACAGGUACUUGGAAUUUAUGAUCGCUCAACGCAAAAGGAGCAUUUCCAGAGGGUGACAAACCGUCAAGCAAGCAUAAUAAUACCAGUUAUAAAGGAAUACGUGCAGCCGGGCACUACGUUAUAUACAGAUGAUUGGAGAGCGUAUAGAUGCCUUCAUAGACUUGAGUAUGUCCAUCAUGUCGUAGUGCAUAAACGCCAUUUUGUCGACCCUACUACCGGCGUUCAUACUAACAACAUUGAAGCCAUGUGGUCGAGAUUGAAGGAAUUUUUAAGACCGUACCACGACUCCAGAGGAUGACUAUUAUGGAGCCAUAUGAACGAGUUCCUAUAUCGUAUGCAUUAUGAUUUCAGAACAUCUGAACCUUUAUCAAACGUUAACAAGUUUUUAAAUCACGUAAAAGAAGAAUAUCCACU